AUGGCAGCAGCAUCUUUCACUCAUGUUUAUAAUUUUUUAGAUAAAACUGGACAAAGCGGGUUCCUUAUACAACCUAAAACAAAAUUCUUGAAUUUUUGCUACAAGUUGUAUAGACUUUUGAUGUUCGUGUGGCUUUUCAUCUACAUGGCACAGCAUGUCAUCUUUGUAGCGCUAAAUUGGGGCGACAUGGAUAAGGUAAUAGAAGGAGCCAGUUUUACCGUUCCUCAUAUGAACUGCUGCGUUAAAUGGAUUACUCUCAUUUUGGGAACAUCAAGGCUACAUCCAAUAUUUGACGCCGACAGCGAAAAAGACGCUAAAACGUUGGAAGAAAAUAAAAAAUUUGCUCACAACUUGCAUAAGAAAUUUAUGAACAUAAUCACGGUCACCGUUAUAGUUUGGCUUCUUUUAUUUAUCUUGAAAAAGUUGCAAAAUGAUAACACAUUCAUAGCUUCGUAUUUUCCUUUUGAAACGAAGUCUUGGAAAGGCUACAUGUUAGGCGUUUUCAUAGAAACUGCACCAUUUUUAUUGACUGGUCAUGGUCAUUUAUCCUAUGAUAUCCUCAUCGUAACAUACUAUAUUCAAGCUAGGACACAACUAAAAAUUAUCAGGAAUAAUUUAGAAAACCUUUGUGAAGGUCUAAAUCACAUUUCUAAACACGAUCAAAGUUCAAAACAAGCUGAUGUUAGAAUUGGAGUAAACGAGCAUUAUGUAGACGACUUGGAUGAAAAUGUCCAUAAACGUUUUGUGAGAUGUGUUAAACGAUACAAGAAAGUUGUUUGGUACACGAACGAGGUGACAGAAAUAUUCAGCCCAGCAAUUUUGUUCCAAUUCUUCUCAAUAGCGAUACCAAUUUGUUUCAUGGUUAUCAAAUUAAGCUCUAGUAAUCUUAUAACGAGUUCACUGUACCUAAGCCAAUGGGAAUCGUUAACACCAAAGUUCCGCCGACUAAUUCUGAUCGCUGCAGAGCGUUGGAGAUGUCCCAUCAAACCUCGAGUUGCUUAUGUUAUACCGUUGUCUAUGAAUACCUUUAUUUCGAUAGUCAAAUCGGUAUACACCCUUUUCACCGUAUUGAAGACUACAAACCUUAAUAUUAUAUAACGUGGAAUAACAGCAGCAAUCAGAACA